AAAUAGGCAAUAAUAACAUCACCCUCCGAUAUAGCCUUGCCCCUCUUACACUAGCUACCUGCACCUGUACGCCCAGUGACUAAAAUCGCUGGCAUGUUGCCAAAAUGUUUCUCAUGCGUACAAGCUGUAUAUAUAAUAUAACGGGGCCGGGGAGAUGUAACUCUGUGUUAAAACCAUAUUGCUGAAAUAGCUUUAAUAAUCUCCAUCUCUGCAUUCGUAUUUAAGAGCUUGAGGUGAUUCUGAAAUAAUGAGGAACGUGUUUGUAAUCCAGUCUCUACGAAGAAGCCUCUGGAAUGCAACAAGCAUCGGAAGGACUGUUGUCAACAUCGUCCCUGGAUCGCAGUUCCACACCUCGGUGCCAAGUUACAGCAGUAUUCCUGGGUUGGUGAACACAGGAUGGCUAGCAGAAUCACUUGAAAGACAGAAGACACCAGAUGGAAGGCCUCUCCGAGUCCUGGACACCACAAGGAUAGCAAUGCAAACAGACAAGUUACACAUACCAGGAAGUGUCCAUGUUGAUCUUGCUCACCUCUGCGACAAAGAGUCCCCUUUUCAUUACACCAUCCCAUCUCCAGAGUACUUUGCCGAUUUCGUUGGGAAGACACUCGGCGUCGACAACGACACGCACGUCGUCCUCUACGAUGGCCGGGUCAGGAUCAUGACAUCACCUAGGAUUUGGUGGAUGUUCCGCCUCUUUGACCAUGAAGCCGUGUCGGUGCUUGACGGUGGUCUUCAGCAGUGGAUGGAAGAGAAGCGAGAGGUCACAGAAGAUCCGACGCCGGCGCCCUCACCGGUGACUUACAAGGUACCCAAGCUACGUGAAGAUCUCCUAAAGACUUUCGAAGAAGUCCUCCAGAAUGUGAAAAAACCACAGUUUCAGAUUAUGGAUAGUCGUCCUGUUGAUUGGUAUGACGGAACACUACCUUCUGCUUAUCCAGGUAUGAAACUGGGCAUCAUGAAGAUGGCCGCCAACAUCCCUUACCCAAACUUCUACGUCGACGGUACCAGCAAGUUCAAAUCAGCCGACGACCUCAAGGCGCUCUUCCGGUCAAAGGGCGUCGACCUUUCCCGCCCUUUGACCUCCCAGUGCGCCGUUGGGAUCACUGCAUGCACCCUGAUCCUCGGCGCUUACGUUGCGGGAAAAGAAGAUGUGGCCCUCUACGAUGGGUCGUUCGAAGAGUACUCCCAGAAAGGGCCUUUAGAAUCGAUGACUCUGUAUGAGGAGAAACCAAAGAGCAACCCAUAUGGAUAGAAUUGACAACAUGCACUAUUGAUAUUUCGAUGGGUGGAUGACGGGGAUUUAGCUGAAUUAAUUCUAGUCAGGAUGUUAUGACGAAUAAUGCCAUUUUGCAGAAGCACAAAGAAGACAGAGAGAGAGAGAGUGGGACUUAUAUAUUGUGGAAUCGCAAUUCUAUUUUAUUUCAAUUUGCCAUGCAGUCUACGCAGACAAUAGUACUUUUCUCGACUAGCAAAGUAAAACCCGUCGAAAUGUAAUCAUAUCUCAAACCAUUAUGAUGAAACUCCUAUCAUAAACGGGGUCAAUGACUGUAGAUUCGAUUUACCAAAGAGUUGCGAAUUGGACUGUUUUAAUAACCUCUUGAUGACUUCUUGAAGGUCAUGAAGAUUUGCCCAAUUUUUUACCAAAGAAAUCACAGUAGAAUGAGCGAUAAUUUUUUUAAAUCAGAAUCGGCAAAUUUUACCUGUUUGAUAAAAUGAGUUCUGACUGUUCAUUACAAAGUAAGCUGAUAUGACUUAUUUCAUUGAUGCUGUUUCGUUUUUCGCUUUUAUCAAAAUUUUGAUAUGAAAUGAACUUGUUAAAUAAUACAAUCAUUUUAACUGUGUAAUUGUCUCAUUUAAGUAUGGAAAAAAUGUGUAUAUUUCUCAUUUUUAGGUUUCUCACCAGCUGAAGAACAAGACAAUGCGAUUCCUAUGAAACUAAAAUUUGACAAACUCCACAAGAAUUUGAGUCGUGUGAAAAUUAAUCACAGAUAGUGCCUUUAGUGGUCUUUUUUUUUUUUUUUUUUUUUUUAUACAAGAUUGCUUUUCUAGGACUCCUCCACAUUACUUCUCCUGUUUAUUUCAUUUGCAUACAUUGUUAUUAAUUUGAAUGUCUUGAAAAAUGUUCAUGUUGCAUAUUUUUGCCAAUGUAUUGUUACAUUUUGUUGAACUUAUGCGUCUCUUGUGUGUGGAAAUUUUAAAUAAACUAAAAGUAAACCAAAACUACCCCCAAAAAACAACAAAACAAGUAAUUGAAUUUUAGUCCAGAAGUGUAAAUUAAUUUACCUGUCCUUUGUGUUUAUUAAAGCGUCAACAUUACAUUGUUUUAUGUCCACUUGUCAUAUACAUUUAUGGUUAACAUGAUUUAUUUUUGGCGAAAAAAUAAAUGAACACUUGCUUUAUGAA